GGUGGCUGCUGAGUUUGGUGGCGGUGCAGGGACGGUGAUGGGUUGCCUGAAAGCCUUCUCCAAAAGCAUUAGCAGGGCGGAAGCAGCGGCAGUGGCUGUCUGGCUCUCAUGCGAGGCUUGACCGAGUGACUGGCUGGCGAGAUUCCCUGGCAGCCUUAGGUCUGCAUCUGGCUGGACGAUGCAUUCACGUGUGCGCCAGCCCAGCGUGUAAUGCUGCAGUGGGCACGCUCAGCAGCGCCCAAGGAGCAUCUGCAAAAAAAAAAAAGAGGGACUGGUGAGAAGACCAGCCAACUGCUGUUGGAGCGUGUAUAAAACCAGGCAGCGCCUUGGAUCUGACUUCCUCCUUUCUCCAGCAGGCGAUUUCGACUCCCUUUCAAAUUGUACCAAAGCUCAUUCCACGGCUGCUUCCUUUGCCACUUGCUCUCCAGUGCAAAGCCCACUCUUCCUUGUUUUCACGUGUAGCUUAUCUUUGCCUGGCAACCACUAGUUCUCUCUCCCUCCUUACACACACACACGCUCCCAACAGCGCAGACUCCCCCUGAUCUGAAAUUAAUUUGUUUGUUUGGUUGCCGCACCGAGCCAGAAAAAGGUUAGGAUUUCAUUUAGCCUUUCCCCCAUCCUGGUGAAAAGGAAGAGAUGAAAUUUCCAAUUGAGACUCCAAGGAAACAGGUGAACUGGGAUCCUCAAGUGACUGUUCCAGCAGCUGUUCCCUUGGCGUGUGAACCUGAGAGCAAUAAGACCAAGGCGCACAAUCCGCGGCCACGACUCUCUAUUUCCUCCCCGCGGACAACUGUGAUCGCCAGCAUGGAAGCCCCAUCACAGGGUUUGCAGACGGUCAUGAAGUGGAAAACGGUGGUGGCCAUCUUCUUUGUGGUUGUGGCCUACCUGGUUACCGGGGGGCUUGUGUUUCGUGCCUUGGAGCAGCCGGAAGAAAGCAGGCAGAAGGACAGAACAGCCAACGACAAGGCAGAUUUCCUUCUGGAGAACAAAUGUGUAUCUCAGCAGGAGUUGGAGGAACUGAUUAAGAGGCUCAUUAAUGCUACCAGUGCUGGAGUCAAUCCUGUCGGAGAUCCCGUUAACAGCAGCAGUCACUGGGACCUUGGAAGUGCCUUUUUCUUCGCUGGAACCGUCAUCACAACUAUAGGGUAUGGAAACAUUGCCCCAAGCACAGAAGGUGGAAAAAUUUUCUGUAUUUUGUAUGCCAUCUUUGGGAUUCCACUCUUUGGCUUUCUGCUAGCUGGCAUUGGUGACCAGCUUGGGACCAUCUUUGGAAAGAGCAUCGCACGAGUGGAAAAGGUUUUUCGAAAGAAACAAGUGAGUCAGACCAAGAUCCGGGUGAUUUCAACCAUCCUCUUCAUCCUGGCCGGUUGCAUCCUCUUCGUCACUAUUCCUGCAGUCAGUUUCAAAUAUAUUGAAGACUGGUCAGUUCUGGACUCCUUUUACUUUGUGGUUGUCACUCUGACCACAGUUGGCUUUGGUGAUUUUGUGGCAGGAGGAAAUGCUGAAAUUCCUUACCGGGAGUGGUAUAAGCCCUUAGUAUGGUUCUGGAUCCUCGUGGGCCUUGCGUACUUUGCUGCUGUCCUCAGUAUGAUUGGAGAUUGGCUGCGAGUUAUUUCAAAGAAGACUAAAGAGGAGGUUGGUGAAAUAAAAGCCCAUGCGGCUGAAUGGAAAGCCAACGUGACUGCGGAGUUCAGGGAAACGCGGCGGCGUCUGAGCGUGGAAAUCCACGACAAGCUCCAGAGAGCAGCGACGAUUCGGAGCAUGGAGCGCAGGCGGCUGGGACUGGACCAGAGAGCCCACUCGCUGGAUAUGCUCUCUCCGGAGAAACGCUGUGUCUUUGCUGCCUUGGACAGUGGCCACUUCAAGGCUGCAUCUCAGGAAAGCAUCAACAACAGGCCUAACAACCUGCGCCUUAAAGGGACGGAACAGUUGAGCAAGCAUGGGCAGGGGGCCUCCGAGGACAACAUCAUCAACAAGUUCGGCUCUUCCUCCAAGCUGACCAAGAGGAAAAACAAAGACCUGAAGAAGAGCAUCCCGGAAGACGUGCGCAAAAUCUACGAGACUUUCCGGAACUACUCCUUGGACGAGGAGAAGAAGGAGGAGGAUUCCGAGAAAGGGUGUCACUCGGAACAUUCCAGCACCGCCGUUCUCACCGACUGCAUUGAGCAGCACAUGGGCCUCGAGAACGGGAUGAUCCCCAGCGAAACCAAAGAAAGGGAACACGAAAACAAAGCAUUACUUGAAGGCAGGAAUUAAAUGUGAAAACAAACAAAAACAAUGACCCUUGACUCUCACGAACCAAUGUUAAUCUUUUAUAUACGUACAAGAUAUAUAUACAGAUAUAUCAAGAAGACAUGUGCCUUAUACAGACUCCUAAUUCAGUCUGAUUCCAUAACAUCCUGGGAUAUUUCACUGUGCCAUAACAACCGAAGUUUGCUCUGCCAAAAGAAAUCACUCUGGAAAAUGGCGUCUGCAGCUGGAAUAUUGACAAUGAAAGCCUACGUGUGCUUGCCAUAGAGGAACAUCCAAACACCAGGUUCAUACAGUUGGAAAGGCAAAUAACACAGCGGGGAUGUUUGGGAGCAAAGACAGACCUCUUAGAAGAGCAUUUCGGGAAGUGAGGAAAGAAGGCUACCUUUUCAAUGAAUGACAACUU